UUGAUCAAUUUCUACUUGGCAAAUAGUAGUUUUGAAGGCCCAAUUAUAAGUUCACUUGGCAACUCGCUGAGCCUGGAGUCGUUAGAUUUAUCAUUUAUCUGAAAACCAAUUGUCUGGAGUUAUUCCAAAGUCUCUUGAAGCACUCUCAUCUCUCCAAUAUUUAAAUUUUUCUUUUAACAGACUCCAGGGAGAAAUUCCAACAGGCGGGCCUUUCAAAACUUCUCUGGUGAAUCAUUUCUUUCUAACCAUGGACUUUGUGGGUGCAUCCCAAUUUCAAGUUUCAGCAUGUAAAAGGAAAACUGGUAUAUCUAUCUUCAAGUAUGUUAUUCCGGUGAUCUUGUCAGCACUGCUUCUAGUGACCUCCAUUUGGAUAUUGAUCUGACAGAAAAAGAAAAAGGUGAAAGCUGCAACAGAGACUACCUUCUUGCCCCAACUUCUAUGGAGAAGAGAUUCAUACCAAGAACUUCUAAGUGCGACAAAUGGAUUCACCGAAAGCAGCUUACUUGGAGAUGGGGGUUUUGGUUCAGUCACUGUCAGACGGUAUGGAGGUUGCCAUAAAGGUUUUUAAUUUACAGUUAGAAGGGGCAUUCGAUCGUAAGUUUUGAUACUGAAUGUGAAAUGUUAAGCAAUAUUCGUCACCGAAAUCUCAUCAAAGUCAUCAGUUGUUACAGCCAGAUUGAUUUCAAAGCUCUCGUAUUGAACUACAUGCCUAACGGGAGUCUUGACAAAUGGUUGUAUUUUCAGAACUUUUCCUUGAACAUCCUACAAAGGCUGAAUAUAUUGAUGAUGUUGCAUCGGCAUUGGAGUACCUUCAUCAUGGUUAUGAAACACCUAUUGUCCAUUGUGAUUUGAAGCCCAGCAACAUAUUACUAGAUAAUGAUAUGGGUGCACAUGUUGCUGAUUUUGGCAUUGCAAAACUCCUGGGUGGAGGAGAUUCUGUGACUCGAACCAUGACCCUUGCCACAAUCGGUUAUAUGGCUCCAGAGUAUGGAAUGGAAGGAAUGGUCACCAGAAGAGGGGAUGUGUACAGUUUUGGUAUUGUAGUGAUGGAGACAUUCACAAGAACGAAGCCAAUCGAUGAGAUCUUCGCUGGGGUCCCUGGGGAAAUGAGUUUAAAGCUAUGGGUUGCAAAUUCAUUAGAUGCAGGUGCGGUAGUCAAAGUUGUGGAUGCUACUUUACUUGGAAUGGAGGAGGAUCAUGAUUUAGUGAGCAAGAGGGAAUGCUUAUCAUCUGUUAUGAGAUUAGCUGUUGCUUGUUCAGCAGAAUCACCAGAAGAAAGAGUAAAUAUGUAAGAGGCUCUCGCCACGCUUAAGAAAAUCAAGAUCAAGUUUAUGAAGGACGUUGGAGGAGGUGUUGAACAGCCCUCUUCUUCAAGGAUCCGAAUCUUCUAAAAUCGUAGGGUUGUAAAAUUAUGUAAAUUCAUAAAAUCAUGA